ACCGGUGCCCGCUUGGAGCCUCCGAAAGAGGAAAGCGGCCGCCUAUAUCGGUCAGCCCUGUCUGCAUCGGCGGCCUUCGGGUAAACGCACUCUGGCUGCGUUGGCGGCUACGGGGACCGUCGACAUGGACGUAGCAGCAGCAGCCCGCGCGGGCCGUUGAACCACCAUGGGCUUUCACUCCUGGGAGCCUUACCACUUCCACUACGCCGACGAGACAACACCGCUAAAACUUGAUUCCCAGCUCUUGGAUAACAGUCCUUACGAAGGAGGUGACCUCAACCGGAAAUGUGUACUCACGCUGAGCAUCGUAUCUGUCGUUUUCAACAUUGUCGUCGGGGGCACGGGGUUCGUGUUUGCGUUCCAGAGGAACAGUGCUUCGAUAUACGCAUUCGCGGCCGAGUGCCUUCUGGACAUGCUGUCUUCGAUAAUUGUGAUAUGGCAGUACUUAACGCCACACUACUCGUUUGCAAGAGAACGUGUAGCCUGCAUGCUUCUGGGACUGUUCUUUAUACUCUCCGCAGUAGCCAUUAUCAGCAAAGCCAUGGACGACCUAAUCGUGCGGGAGAGCCCCACUUGGAUACCCGUCCUCAUUAUCCUUGCCGGAGUUGGCGCAGCAGCCUGCUUUCUCUUGGCGGUUAUCAAAUUCAUCCUGGCUAAGCGAUUAGGAAGCUUGUCCUUAGUCCUUGACGGGAUAAACUCCUUAAUUAGCAGUUUUUGCGCCGUGGCCAUAAUAGUGAGCGACCUGGUGUACGACUCCAACCCCGAGGUCUGGUACAUGGACGCCGUGCUUAGCACUGUUGCUGCGCUCAUCAUGCUCCUCGUCGGGGCCAAGGUGCUGUUUGAAAACUGGUCGAUAGGACGUCCCGGCCACAUGACACUUCAGUGAAACACGGUGGCCUCGGACAGUGUUUUUCCAAUUGGAAGUGCGGCACUCGCCCUUAGCCCCCAUCUCUCUUCCCACACACUGUGAAACAGCGCGGAGGCUGCGUGCAAGUCUCCUUUCUUCUGGCGUCCUCAGCGGGCUACACGGCGCCAGAGGACUCUGCACGUUCUCUGCUGGACAGACGGCGAUGCUCUGACGUGGACCUGUGCACCGCACUAUUGCCACAGUGGUGCGGUACACCCCCCUUAUUUAAGCUGAAGGAAGCGCACGAAGUGGGUUUAAACUCUCCGUGUGUGGCUGUGAAGCCAUGAGGGGCCGCUGUGUAUUCGAGGGUUACGAGAAAGUUCGUUUCUCAUGCGAGAAUCUUUUAAAAGAAAGGCUGUGUCGUACGUAUGACAGUAUGCUUGGUGGAGUGGUUGAUUGAUCAUCGGCGAGACACACGCUCGCGAGUGCAUUUCCUUUGUAAGUAGCGGUCCUACCGCAAGCCUAAACGUGGCAAGUGAAACGAUGAUCAAUUAUAAGUUAACGUAUACCACCGCGCUCAUCGGCAGAACUUCGUAGCUCACACGAGCCGCUGGUCACGCUCGCACUUGUGGUUAGCGUCUCGCGCGGCUACGUGGCAGCGACGAAGUUGACAAAGUUGGGUCAGUCGCAGCUAUGGCAUUCUAACACGGGGUAGGACCUUGAUUUAGAAGCCAGACGUGCACCGUUUAUUUAAAUACUUGUGAUCGCUGGGAGCCUUUCAGGUUAGAUAAAUUCCUUCAAGUCGUGUUCAAGUCGUGUUACCAAUCACUGUUAGGCGCUUCGGGGCCAUCUGAGCGGGCUCCGAAGCUGCGCACGCAUUCCAAUCUUGCCGAUAGCGCAAAAUGAACGCGUUUGAGGAUUUCAUUGUUAUUAGUUUAAGCACUGCUAUCAGUGAGAAAAGAGAUAUGUAAUUGCAUGCGUAACAAGUUUUUAUUGUUUUAUUCUGUGUGAAUUGUCAUCGUGUAAACAAUGUUUAAAAAUUACAUUAUAACAUUGACAUGUAGUGCAAUUCACCCACUUGUGAACGAAGCUACAGGAAUAUUUAUUUCUCGUUUGUUCGUUAUUUUUUCUUGAUACGUCAGCUGUGAACACAAUAAAAAUAUCAUCUGAGAUU